CAGUAGAUAGGCGGGUGCAGCGGGGCAGAACCUAGGUUGCCUUAGAGAGGUUCUCCGGUGUCCCGAGGGCGGCUCAAGUCAGAGUUGUUGGGUUUUGCUCAGAUUGGUGUGGGAAGAGCCUGCCUGUGGGGAGCGGCCACUCCAUACUGCUGAGGCCUCAGGACUGCUGCUCAGCUUGCCCGUUACCUGAAGAGGCGGCGGAGCCGGGCCCCUGACCGGUCACCAUGUGGGCCUUCUCGGAAUUGCCCAUGCCGCUGCUGAUCAAUUUGAUCGUCUCGCUGCUGGGAUUUGUGGCCACAGUCACCCUCAUCCCGGCCUUCCGGGGCCACUUCAUUGCUGCGCGCCUCUGUGGUCAGGACCUCAACAAAACCAGCCGACAGCAGAUCCCAGAAUCCCAGGGAGUGAUCAGCGGUGCUGUUUUCCUUAUCAUCCUCUUCUGCUUCAUCCCUUUCCCCUUCCUGAACUGCUUUGUGAAGGAGCAGUGUAAGGCAUUCCCCCACCAUGAAUUUGUGGCCCUGAUAGGUGCCCUCCUUGCCAUCUGCUGCAUGAUCUUCCUGGGCUUUGCGGAUGAUGUACUGAAUCUGCGCUGGCGCCAUAAGCUGCUGCUACCCACAGCUGCCUCACUACCUCUCCUCAUGGUCUAUUUCACCAACUUUGGCAACACGACCAUUGUGGUGCCCAAGCCCUUCCGCCCGAUACUUGGCCUGCAUCUGGACUUGGGAAUCCUGUACUAUGUCUACAUGGGGCUGCUGGCAGUGUUCUGUACCAAUGCCAUCAACAUCCUAGCAGGAAUUAACGGCCUAGAGGCUGGCCAGUCACUAGUCAUUUCUGCUUCCAUCAUUGUCUUCAACCUGGUAGAGUUGGAAGGUGAUUGUCGGGAUGAUCAUGUCUUUUCCCUCUACUUCAUGAUACCGUUUUUUUUCACCACUUUGGGGUUGCUCUACCACAAUUGGUACCCAUCACGGGUGUUUGUGGGAGAUACCUUCUGUUACUUUGCUGGCAUGACCUUUGCCGUGGUGGGCAUCUUGGGACACUUCAGCAAGACCAUGCUACUAUUCUUCAUGCCCCAGGUGUUCAACUUCCUCUACUCACUGCCUCAGCUCCUGCAUAUCAUCCCCUGCCCUCGCCACCGCAUACCCAGACUCAAUAUCAAGACAGGCAAACUGGAGAUGAGCUAUUCCAAGUUCAAGACCAAGAGCCUCUCUUUCUUGGGCACCUUUAUUUUAAAGGUGGCAGAGAGCCUCCAGCUGGUGACAGUACACCAGAGUGAGACUGAAGAUGGUGAAUUCACUGAAUGUAACAACAUGACCCUCAUCAACUUGCUACUUAAAAUCCUUGGGCCCAUACAUGAGAGAAACCUCACAUUGCUCCUGCUGCUGCUGCAGGUGAGGAUGGGGAUCGAGUUUAUACCUCCGUGUCUCCCUUUCUGCGUGAUUCUUACUCCAGUCCAUUUCUCCUUGCAGAUCCUGGGCAGUGCCAUCACCUUCUCCAUUCGAUAUCAGCUCGUUCGACUCUUCUAUGAUGUCUGAGUCCCUUGAUCAUUGUCCUUUACCUCACAGUCUCUAAGAUUCCUGACUCAGGCUGACCUCUCUCUCUGGUCCCAGACUGCCUCCUUGCCCAGGCCUCUCUCACUCUUCAUACUCCUACAGAUUUUGUUCUCAGCAUUUUCCUUUCUCUGUGAUCAUUGGCAUCCUGGGCGUUUCUUGCCCUCUACUGACUACUGAUUGGAUUUUACCCAUGGCUUUCUGCAACUUGCUACUCUCUCCCUCUCCAUCCCAUCUUUGCAGCCUCAUAGGGUGGGAUACAGCAGCUUUUUUUGCAGUUAUCCACACUCACAUUUCAGAGUCCUGACUCUCAAGGAACCACUGGUUUUUGGGAUAGAACUUGGGCCAGGGCUAGGAACACAGGCUCCACGGUGACAUGUCAUUUGAUUGUAAAUUAAGUGUUCUGAUUAGUAAGAACUAAGCAGGGGGCCACAUGCUCUCAAUGGAGACAAUAAAGUGUUGUCUUUUUCCUA